CAAAAUCCAAGUAAGGAGAUAGUGAAGAUUUUUGAUAAUAUUGUGAAAAAGCCAGAAACUGAAGACCAAAGAACUAAACAAAAAGCCUGGGACAAGAAGAAUCCACCAACCUGGCCACUAGAGUUGUAUUAG